AUGUUGAUUGAUAAGACUUGCAACUCAGGACAGGUGACUUCCUCGUCGUAUUUGCCUUCCAGUGCUCUAAAUACCUGUGAAAAAACACCUAUACCUGAUUCUUCUACUUUCACUACAUCGGAGCACAUGGAUCAACCUUCUCCUGUCAGUCGCUUUACUUAUUUGACCUCGAAUGAUUAUGAUGAUGAUGACCCGGAUGACCCUGAAUUUGACGUUAUGGCUGAGUUGGACAAAAUAUGCAAAGAAGACUUCUUUGAUGAGCUAAGGGAUGAUCGUGCUGUGCGGGUUUCCAAGAUGGAAGCUAAGACCCUACACCAAGAUCUGCAUGAGCUGCUCGUUGAUGACAUAGAGAGUCCGUUUCGACCUCGGAAUUCUCAUUUUUCUUCUAAUUUGAGGAACAGACGACUUUCUACAAGCUGCUCUAGCGUCGGGGCCAGCACCAAUGCCGUUACUUUUUCAUCGCCUAUUUCUUCUCGAUCCAGCUCUAGCUCUUCUUCCUCCUCUCGGUCUCGAUCUCCUUUAUCGUUCGGUCUCUCGGCCACUCAAGCACGUUUACUAGAAGAUCGGCCGCUACCCUCCUGCCCUGUCUGCGAGCUUACUCUUGUCUCCUGUUUCUGCUCUUUCCGAAAUACACGAACUGCGUCCGGUAGCCAUUCUGCUACAGCUUCCAAUGCAGCAAGCGCACCUAAUACUGGUUUUGCAGCCAUAUCUGCAAGUUCUGGCGUUCGUAAUGAUUCGUUACAUCUUCCAGCCUUAUCAGGAAGCCUACUGACAACUGUUGAUGAAUGGCCUCGUUGGGUUGCCCCGGGCCGCAGGCGUAGAGCAGCAGCUUUGAGUGCUCUGGCCGUGAACUCAGCAACAUUUGCCUCUCAGUUAACGAAGAGCCCAAGGUAA